AUGGAAAUAAGAGAGCAAUGUUCUUUACCUAAAAGAGCCGCUGUGCUCGCUUCUUCACCCCCUUCCCCCAUACUCUCUUCUUCUCUUCUCCUUUGCUUGAUAGGUUUUGGUUUUUUUUGUUGCUGAUUCUGUAUCUGUGAUGAUUCUGUGGGGGAAGCUCUUGACUAGUUAGUGUUUAGGGAAGCUUCACUCUCUUUGUAUAGUGAAAUCUAUAAUUCGAAUUCUCCAUCGCUGCGAUAUUUGAUUUUUUGAAGUAUUCUCAGAUCUGUUUCACCACAUUCUUGCUUCUUGUUUAAAAAUGUGUUCCGCAAGGUGUAUUACGAGUAGUAAGGAGCAUUCAAUUGCAAAAUUGUAUCAGAUUUCAUUUGUAUUUUGAAGGAUCCAAAUGCAUAAUUUCGAUUCAUGACUUAUAAAUUCUCUGCAGAGAGCUUAAUUUGUAGCUGUUAGUAAGCUUAUAGCUUACUACUGCAUUGUUGUAAUUACACAUUUGAGCUACUAGUAUACCAAAACUUAUAUGUAUGAGCUACUAGUUCAUCAUCCCAUGACUUGUGAGCUUUCUACAGAACUUUUCACAUUGGGACAACUAAAUUAGCUACAGAUGAAGUCACAUGUUUUGAUCCAAACCAAAUCUUGGCAAGGUUGAAACGGAUAGGGAGAAGCAAUAUGAGUACUGUGUGUAUGGCACAGACAUUGCUACAAGCUAUGGAGCUGGUGCGUUCGUUCUUCUCUUUGUAAGCCAAGUCCUUAUCAUGGUGGCUAGUCGUUGCUUCUGCUGUGGAAAGUCCCUUAACCCUGGUGGUUCAAGAGCUUGUGCCAUUCUUCUCUUCCUCAUUUGCUGGGUGUUUUUCUUGAUCGCUGAGGUAUGUUUGCUUGCGGCAUCAAUCAGAAACGCGUACCACACGCAGUAUAGAAAGAUGUGGAACAUUGACAAUCCACCAAGCUGUGAAGUUAUUAGGAGAGGAGUUUUUGCUGCUGGUGCUGCUUUCACUCUCUUCACCGCCAUUGUCUCUCAGUUCUACUACGUUUGCUACUCUCGUGCUAGAGAUGCUUACCAGAACCCUUCCUACUAAAAACUGUCAACUUCUACAGCAAGCAAACGUUAAAGCAUCCACGGUUGGGGAUUUUUCUUUUGUGUUUUGUUUAGUAGUAUCAUCCAAUGCUACUACUUAUCCAUUAGGAUGUUUAGAUUUUAUGUUGUCUCUUAUAUAUGAUUGUUUCUUGUGGUAUUCUGAGAUCGUACAUUGUUAUGUCCUCUGUUGUAAUGUGUGAAUACUAAAAAAAAAAGAGUAGAAAACAUGAUUUGUGUGAUUCACUGUUUUA